AUGAAAAAAUCAAUAAGUACUUCUUCAUAUAGUGGCUAUAAAUUGAAUAACGAUUCAACAAGAAUUGAAUCAUUUCCAGAUUCAACAAGAGUGUUGCAGAUGAAUAUUAGCCAUUAUGAGGACACUUUGUCAUAAGAAGUAUUUAUUUCCACAGCUUAUGAACAUAUAAGAGAAGUCAGAGUAUAUUGAUUAGUUUAUUAACAGGAUCUAAUUGCUAGCUCUAGAUAGAGUAUGAAACCAUUGAGAGAAUCAAUAAGUCAAUUAAGAUAUUAAAUAUAGACCAUUGAACAUUAAUAAAAGAAAGAUUAGAUUAAUUUAGAAUAUGAUAUCAGUUUAAGAAUACAUAAAUUAAAAUAAGUAAGCCUUUGAUGGUCUUAUUAAAGAAAAUAAAUUAAUUUGAAGUUGUUUAAACUGGAGAGUUUGCCAUAUUACAAGAUUAAAUAUAGAAACUGUAGCAUGAUGAUUAAGAAAUAAUUCAAGAUAUAGAUGCCUUAGAAUUAAGAAUAAUAGGUUUAGCUCCGUAAAUUGGGUAAUACAUAUAUUAAGGAUUUUAUUAAUGA